CUGACAAAAACCUCUUCUCGACCUGCUGCCAGCCUUGACUUCCUGAAACACGUUUUCAAGCAACACAUAACACUAAGAGAGCCGUGACAUAGCAAUCUCUCUCACAGAAUGGUGCAGGGGACCAGGGUAGACGGCCCAUCGCAGGCAGAGAUACUCCUGAGAGUCACUUCAGGCAUCGCCGCGGAACUAAUCAAGGCGCACGAUGCAAACACCACCGUCUCGCUCAACGAACUGCGCGCCAAGCUCUCCAAGAAGUACGGUUUUGGAGGCGUCCCCCGUCUCGUCGACAUCAUCUCUGCCAUCCCGGACGACUACAAGAAGGCGCUUCUGCCUAAGCUGCGUGCGCGGCCUAUUCGGACUGCAAGUGGGAUAGCGGUUGUUGCGGUGAUGUGCAAGCCCCAUCGGUGUCCGCACAUCGCGAUGACGGGGAACAUUUGCGUAUACUGUCCGGGAGGGCCAGAUUCAGACUUCGACUACAGCACGCAGAGUUAUACGGGGUACGAGCCGACCAGUAUGCGUGCUAUCCGGGCACGGUAUGAUCCAUACGAGCAGACGCGAGGGCGAGUCGAGCAACUGAAGAGUCUGGGGCACAGUGUUGACAAGGUCGAGUUCAUCGUCAUGGGAGGAACCUUCAUGAGCAUGCCAGAGGACUACAGAUCCAAGUUCAUCGCCCAGCUACACAACGCACUCUCAGGAUUUACAGGUACAGAUGUCGACGAAGCAGUCCGCUACUCCGAACAAUCCAAAUCAAAAGCCAUCGGUAUCACAAUCGAAACCCGCCCGGACUACUGCCUGCGCCCACACCUGUCCCAAAUGCUGCGGUACGGCUGCACCCGGCUCGAGAUCGGCGUGCAGUCCGUGUACGAGGACGUUGCGCGCGACACGAACCGGGGGCACACCGUGCGCGCCGUCUCCGAGUCGUUCCACCUCUCCAAGGACGCCGGCUUCAAGGUCGUCGCACACAUGAUGCCGGAUCUGCCCAAUGUCGGGCUUGAGCGUGAUCUGCAGCAGUUCAAGGAGUACUUUGAGAAUCCGGCAUUCAGGAGCGACGGGUUGAAGAUCUAUCCGACGUUGGUGAUCAGGGGGACGGGGCUGUAUGAGCUGUGGAGGACGGGGAGGUAUAAGAACUAUACACCGAAUGUGCUGGUGGAUGUUGUCGCGAGGAUUUUGGCGCUCGUGCCACCGUGGACGAGGGUGUAUCGGGUGCAGCGAGACAUCCCACUGCCGCUGGUGACAAGCGGAUGCGAGAAUUCGGGCAACCUCCGUGAGCUCGCUCUGAACCGGAUGAAAGACUUUGGCGCCGAGUGCCGCGACGUGCGCUACCGCGAAGUUGGCAUCCACGAAAUCCACCACAAAGUCCGGCCUGAAUCCGUGGAGCUCCUCCGGCGCGACUACGCCGCCAACGGCGGGUGGGAGACGUUCCUCUCGUACGAGGACCCGGAGCGGGACAUCCUCGUCGGCCUCCUCCGGCUGCGCAAGUGCUCGGAGGAGGGCACGUUCCGCCCCGAGCUCGUGCGCCAGCGCGUCAGGCGCACGUCCCCGCCAAACGUGGACGAGGGAGAGGAGGAGUGGGAGGAGGGCGGGGCGAGCAUCGUGCGCGAGCUGCACGUGUACGGAACGGCGGUGCCCGUGCACGGGCGGGACCCGACCAAGUUCCAGCACCAGGGGUUCGGGACGCUGCUCAUGGAGGAGGCGGAGCGGAUAGCGAGGGAGGAGCAUGGGAGUGUGAAGCUUGCUGUUAUCUCGGGGGUGGGUACUCGAAAUUACUAUCGCAAGCUCGGAUACGAGCUCGAUGGGCCGUACAUGAGCAAAAUACUGAUAUGAUAUUGCGAUAUUGAGAGGGUGAUUGUGUGGUUGCGUGGUAUCAUGGUACAUUCUAUGUAUGUAUUGUUUGUUGUAAUGAUGCAGAUUGUAAGGAAAGCAAAUAUCGACCUCAAAAAACGAAGAAAACAAGCAGUAACACCUCCAGCUUCAUGACUGAUCGCCAAGGACGAGCGUAUGGAAAUUGGGAAACACGAGCUCCUCCUCGACCGUUUUGCGGAUCACAUCCUGGAUGAACCUCUCCACCCUCGUGACGUUCUUCAGCACGUGCUUGUCCGCCUGGCCAAUCUCGCUCUCGAUGAAUAUCGACGGCAGCAGCCUCUGUCCCACCGGCGCCGGCUUGCCGUCGCGCCUCCCUCCACUGCUGCCCGCUCCCCCGCUUCCACUGCCCCCGCCGAGAGGCUCGUCGAUCUCGGGCGGCGUCGCCGCGUCCACGUCGCCCCCUGCCGCGUCUACACCGUCCGCUGCGGUCGCGGGCCGCCCCAGGCCCGUGAGACUCGCGAUGCUCGCGGACAGAUCGCCCGAGCUGCUCUUCGUGCUGUUCAGCCCGCCUCCUCCGGCGGCUCCACCGGCGCUCGUCCGCUGCGCAGACGCCUGCGACGCAGACGGGCGCCGGCACGCGGGCGCGUACGGAUCGAGAUCGUCGAGAAUGCACACGUGCACGCGCCUGCGCGCGCCCUCGUAUGCGACUGCGAGCUCGCCGCGGAAGACGAGGCCUGUGACGGCGAGCUUGAUCGGGAGCGCCAUGAAUGCGGGCGAGGGGUAGUUGAUGAGCAGGGAGGUGGAGAGCGUGAGGCGGAGGUUGGAGUGCCAUGUGAGGUAGAGGUGCAGCUGGAGGUUUGGGUGCGGGGCGGGGGUGUUUGGGUUUGGGUUUGGGUCGGGAGGCGGUGGGAUGGAUGAGGAUGCGGAGGGGUCUUGGGAGAGGGGGUCGGAGGGGGUGUGGGAGUCGAUGUGUGUGGGGGAGACACUGGAUGCAAAGGCGGGGUGUAGACCGCCUCCGGCCCGUGCAGCGGACUGGGAAGCUAGCGACGGCGUGGACGCGCCGCGAAAGAGGCCUGCCGUGCCCAUCGUCGCUGUCGCCGACGCAGGCGACGGGCGGGGCGGGGCAACCGACGGGCGGAAGUCGCACAGACUGGGCACGCUCAUGUUCAUGUUUAUCCCCAUGCCCAUGCCCAUUCCCAUGCCGAGCGCGCCGCUGCUCCACGGGAGCGAGGGUGUCGACGCAAACAUAUCUCCGCCGGCGCCAUAAGGGUUAUACCGCACAUACGGCGGGAGAUGCGCAUAAGGAUACCCAUCCUCGACGAGCCCACGCCUCGCCGCGCGCCUGCUCACCCACUCGAACCCAUCGUCGUCCUCGCACUCAUCCUCCUCGCCCUCCCCAUGCCCAUUCCCAUACACGCCCGCGCUUGCGCCACCCUGAGUGUGCUUCCUCGCGCCUGAAAGGCUGGACGAGACAGAGCCGCCCGAGUCAGAGUCGGAGUCGGAGUCCGCGUCGAGAAAGUCGCGGUAGAUGGAGCGCAUGUCGACGAGCUCGACGUCCGGCGGCGCGGAGCCGAAGUCGAACGAGGUGAUCUCAACGGGCCCUAUGAACGAGGGCCGCGAGGUGCCCGCGAGCGUGCGGUUGAGUGCGUCGACGAGCUUUUCGGCGAGGGAGGCAUCGAGACGGUGCCAAUCGAGGUCGAUGGACAUUUGGGUCCGGGGGGAUGCUGUAUGAUUAUGAAGUUGGUCUGUUCAGUAGUAGCUCAAGAACCUGGAUAACUGUAUGUCGUAGACUUCGUAAAGACCAACUGCUGUGAAUUGAUUGAAGUGCGCUGAGCUCGUCGUCGAGCACGGUGACGG